AUGGCGGCACUACCUUUGGGCAAGAUUCUGGCGCUGACAGUGCGCACGCUCUCAAAGCCUGUUUCCAAGCUGCUCAAGGACCAGGCCAAACAGCACGGCGUCUUUCGCAACCGAUUCCUGAUUCCCGUCGGCCAAGUGACGCAUUGGGUUGGUGUGCGGCUACGCCGCCUGACCCUCGGCAGCUCCCGCAAGGAAGUCACCCCACUUGAUGCUGCUGGUGCUACGGAAUAUGGUGCAGAAUUCCUUGGUGAAGCCUUUAUUUACAGCGUGGCCACGGCCUUGAUGGUCCUUGAGUAUAAUACCAGUUCAACCAAAUCCGCUCGGAAAGAAGCUAUUCAGAAUCAGCAGCUGGCAUCGCUGCGGCACGAUCUGGAUGCGGCAAACGAACGGAUUGAGCAACUUGAGGUGCAGAACCAGCUGCAAUUUCAGAUCCUGACUCGGCUCACAGAGCUCGAGGAGCAGCAUCAGGCUCUGAGAGAAGAACAAGCCAAGCCCAAGGGCUGGUUCUCAUGA